CUGCACAGCGGGUUCCUACAACAAGUUCGUCUAAAAUGCCUUUACUUGUCAAUGGCAGCAGAGCAGUAUUGCCCUGUGAUACUGUAGACUUUUUAAACACUUAUCCACACUUCCAGGUAAGACACGUACAUAAAGUUACGUCCCCUGUGUUGCACGACGAAUUCAAGUCCAUUCGAAACACAAAUUAAAUUCAUGUGAACGCAGGAAGGCAACUGCCAUAGUUUGUAGGUCCAAGCAAUAAAUAUUAAUAAAGUGGGUAAAGGCAGGGCGCUGGUUUUACAGUUUCGUACGCAAAUGUUCUGUCGCGGGCACAAUUGAUUUGGUCAGUUGUAGCCCAUUGUAAAGGGGCACAGGGAAUGAGCCCGUCUUCGUUUGUUACACCUGUUAUGAAAUUAUACAAGAUGCGGAGUGUCAUUCUUUCCACGGGCAUGACGGUGUGGCAUACUUGUUUUUGAAAGGCUACAAAAUGUGGGGAGGUGAUGAGUUCGUCAGCACACCACCAUCAAAAACUGUCCGAUUCGGUGGAACUGUGUCAGACAUUUUGAUGAAAUACAGUAAGGGGGACACCAGUGAUUAUGAGUUGUUGAAACAUCAACUUACAGAUCCAGACAUAAAGGAUGCUCAGAUUAUUAACUGGCUUCAGGAGUUCCGUAUUUCAGUUACUUCCCUGUCGAAAGAGUUUGAGCAGUUGAUCAGUGUUCUGCUGAAACUGCCAUGGCUGGGUCGGAGCCAAAUGGUUAUAGAAGAAUACUUGGCUUUUCUAGGCAACCUGGUGUCUGCACAGACAGUGUACCUCAGACCCUGUUUGAAGAUGAUAGUGUCUAACUUUACGCCAGCAAGACAGAUCAUUCGUGAAGGCAAUGUGGAUAUUUCUGAUUCUGAUGACGAUGAUGAGAAUCUCCCCAAGAAUUUUGACACGUGUCAUCGAGCAAUACAGAUGAUAACAAGAUAUGUGCCUUCAACCCCCCGAUUUCUAAUGCCUAUACUUGUGGAAGGAUUUCCAUUUAUUAAUAAAUCUGCAAGAACGCUGGUUAGUGCAUCACGAAGUGAUAUUGAAGAUGCUGAAGAAUCUUCUGCCAGCCAUAAAAAUGGAGCUGAUAAAUCCACAGAGGAAGCACUUUUCAAUAUGGAUGAAGAUGAGGACCUUGAAGAUAUGAGGAGUAACUUAGACAGUGGUAUGAUGGCCCAUCCAGUUGCAGAGCGUUUGGAUUAUGGGAUGUGUGUCGUCUUCUCUUACAUUAAGGACAUCUGUUAUGUGAAUGGAGUACUUGACCUGGAUAAAACAAAAAGCUUGUAUCAAGACUUGGUAGCGGUCUUUGACAAACUCAUCCUUCCUACACAUGCAUCGUAUCAUGUGCAGUAUUUCAUGUUCUACGUCUGCAGUUUUAAACUGGCUGUGGCAGAAGCUUUCUUGGACCAUCUGUGGAAAACGAUUCAAAAUCCUAUGAAUCCAGCCUUAAUUCGUCAGACCGCAGCUAGUUACAUUGGCAGCUUCCUUUCCAGAGCUAAAUUUGUCCCCAUAGUGACUGUGAAAGCUUGCUUAGAUCUGCUUGUUUCCUGGAUACAUCAGUACAUAGAUAACCAAGAUGCAGGAUCUAAAGCAUUCUGUGAUAUAGCACUCCACGGUCCAUUUUACUCAGCAGCUCAGGCUGUGUUUUAUAUAUUCAUUUUCCGACACCAGCAGCUAUUGGAUGGGAACAUGAAGAAAGGUUUGGCUUACCUUCAGAGCCUGAAUUUUGAGCGCAUAGUGAUGUGCCAACUUAACCCGCUGAAAGUCUGCUUGCAUUCUGUAGUCAGCCUGUUUGCUGCUAUUACUAGAAAGUAUCAGUUGGUGUUCUGUUAUACCAUUAUCGAGCGGAAUAACAGACAGCAGUUACCUGUUGUAAGAAGUAGUUUUGGUGGCGACUCUGUACAGGUCUUCACUAAUCCACUUGAUAGCUUCUUCCCUUUCGAUCCCUAUAUACUGAAAAGGUCCAGGAAGGUGAUUCAUCCACUUUACCAGGUCUGGGAGGAAUUGAGUGUGAAAGAUUAUGAAGAAUUGAAGCAGAAGACUAAACGGGUUGUCAGUGAAGAUGAAGAGGAUGACUUUUUGAAAGGAGAAAGUCUACAAAAUGAUGGUGUGAUUGGAAUCACUCCGUGUUCCCCAGACUCAUUUCUUCGAAGCCCAAAAAGCAUAGGAUCACCACCUAUAGACUUUUCCUUCUGCCAUUUUGACAGAUGACUCAAAAAGAAAGGCUUCCUUAAAAGGAAAACUGCCCCAGUGUGUAUGUGUUUAUAGUUAAGAGAGAUUGGGAUUCACAAAAUCUUAUGAGAAUCAAUCCAUUAAUUCACAUGGGAGCUCUUAACUCUAGCAUUGAAGACUCGGAUGGAUCAGGUGCUACGUGAGUAGCUGUCCCUCCUAUGGGGGAGAGCAGAUGCUGAGCACAGGUGUAGACUGCUCUGUGCCAGAUACCAGGGAUACAGCCCAUCAUAGCUGGUUCACACGUGAAAACUACAGGGUGCAUCUAAAGCAUGGGUGGCACCAUUCAUUUGGCGUGACUGGUAUCCUUGUCAUAUCUACAUCCCUCAGAAACUAAAACUGUCACUUUGUUGACCAGGUGAUGGUCACUCAGGCCCAUCAUUUCUAGUUCCUGGUACGACAUUGGAGUCCUGAAACUGGCAUGCACUUGAUCAGAUAUAUACUGCACCAUGGGAGAAAGGAAGUGAGGAAUCCCUCAAGGGAAAAUUUCAGACUACUGCAGUGACCCAUAUUCAGGAAAGAUGGGCAGUGGUGAGAAGAGAACUGGGGGCAGUUAAAGUUACGAUGUAGACAAAAGUGAUUGUUCCAGAGAUUAAUGUUAAGGAAAAUGGUUCUCAUGAAGUGCUGUGGAGAACAUUUUUUUUCUGCACAUAUUAAGUAUUGCUACUUUAAGGCUACAUCAGAUCCCUUUCUGAUUAUUAACAGAAGCUAAAAACAUUAAUAGUUACACAGUUGUUCUCCCAUAGUUGUUUUGUUUUCAGGUUUUCCUGUAUUUUGACCUUCCUCUCUGUAACUGACAGUUACUUUUCCAGCAUCAAGGGAGGCAUUGAUGCUUAUUUGGCUUAGGUGACCCCCUUUAGAAUGAUUUUUUCUUUUAGUGUAGAUCUAUUAGUCAGUGCUGUUGUAAAAAUGAAAUAUAUUCUUCACAGCUUUUGUUUUGUCUUGUCUAAAAAUGUAUUUGUUCUAACUGUAAGAUACUUGUAGCAAGUUGCACUUUGACCUACUGCUAAUCAGGUGCAUUGACCUAGUUAGUGAUUUGUUUUUCCUGUAGCAGUCAUUCAAAUGGGAUUGCCCUUACAUUUGUAUUGAUACACACACACACACACACACACACACACACGUGUAACUAGGGAGGUGCAAAGAGGGCACUAUAGACAAGUGUCUGCAAGAGUGUAGUACCAGCAUUGCUUUAUGAAGCUGUGAGGAUAUUGCCACUUCACUAAUAGAUGCCAGUGCUUUAUUUACAUUAAUAUGUGAUGUGAGAGUCUGGUAGUAACUGUAGGCAGCUUGCUACAAUUACAGGAGUCAAGUUUGAGAGAGCAUUUUUUUCUUCUCCACCUUAAGGCGAGAAUAGGAGUGCCAGUUUUAGGGGUCUGCAUCAGAUGAGCUAGCUGUGGGUACACGUCCAUUGGUGUGCCCCCACCAAUUCACUGUUUUAAUCUCAUCAGGUGUGUUAAAAACGUGAACUCGUUGACUAGUUUCUUUCUUUCCUGCUUCUCAAAAUAACUUGCAACAUUAGUUCUUACAAAGCUCACUUCUCCUCCUGAACAUUAUUUUGCAUGUAUAGAAUUGGUUUCUCCAUGAUUUUGAGCACUUACCCUAAGGUAGCUUCUGCAGUGGAUAACUUCUGGGAACUCUUCCUAGAGGACUGCCUUUUAAGCACUAUUUUUCAUGUUCACUGGUACAUGUGCCUUCUGUUGAUGUAUGCCAUAUCUCAUGUAAAGUCUGGGAAGGCACAACUAGUCCUACACACCCCAUCUCAUUGUUGAACCUUGCAGUUUUCAUGUUUCUGUCAUGCAGGGUCUAACAGGAAAGUUCCCGCACUCAGUACUGAAGACCCCCCCCCCCCCCCAAAAAAAAAAAUAAAUAAAUAAAUAAAACCUCUGGAGUGUUCCUGCAGUUAUCAGAUCACCAGCAGUUGUUUUACUGCUUUGGGAAAAGGCACAAUAUGCAACUGUUUCAGGCAGAGAAUAUAUCAAAAGUCAAGGCUUAUCUCAACACAGGUAGGAUGACAGCAUUGGAGGAUAGCCAGUAUAGGAAUUGGCAGGAAGACAUAUCUGGUAACACCAGGCAGGACCCAAAGAGGCAUGAGAAAGUAAGGGAGCAAGCCAAACAUCUGCUAAAGGAUCCUUUGUGAAGGUCCCCAUUUGGGGGCCACCACUCCUUCAUUGACUAUAAACUCUUUCUUGACUGGUGAGGAGGGAACCUUGUGUAACAUCGGCUGUUUUCUGGAAGGGGUAGGAGACAUUUUUGUGGCUUCUACAUUGGAGGGUGCAUCUUAGGGUUUCAGUACCACACCUUCCACUACUGAGCUUGCAUCUGGCCAGUCUGCUGAGAUAGAAAAGUUAAUUAAUUCCCCUCUGAUCAAUAUUCUUGAUGCUCCUCUGUCCUUUGACUUCCUCUUCUAGAGUCUGUGUCACUAAUGAGAAUAAGUUGAAUAAGCUUCAGCUACUUUGCUUUACCUAAUGAACCUACAAUCAUUCCCUUGGCAUUAUAACUGGGCACCUUUUUUGAUUCCCAGUGGGAUAUUGCCACUUGUGUGGGAUUACACCUUUAGGGAAUACAGUGACACCAGUAUAAGUGUCUGCACUUUCUUCCUUAUGCAUUUCCCUUCAUAUUGGGGGCUCACUGCUUUCCCCCAAAUUGUACCGGUCUCCCACCUCUUUGAGAGGCACCGAGUACCCUGCAAACCCCCCCCCCUUACUAGAGCUAUUUUGAGGAGGCUUUAGCUCUCUUGUGAGUUGUCCUGAGCAGUGGUGUUUCCAAGAACUAACAUUCUUAUAUUUCUGAGAGACAAGGAUAAUGAAUCCUCUCUUACUUCUCGGUCUUCUUUGGUCAACCCUUCUACUGUGGACAGAAUGAGAGAGGCUAGUGCUGUUAGUAUUGUGUGGACUGGUGUGCAGUGUCUCUUCUUCCUAAAAGAGACUUAAUCAGUGCUUGAGGCAGAAGGCUAAAACCCUGGGUUGAAUCCCUGCCCUCCCCGGAUCCCAUCCUCAGUAAUAAUACGUGUGGGUCACAGUAGUAUCUGGAAAGUAGGCUGCCUCUCCUAACCCGCCUUCCUCUUCCCUAGAGAAGUAGAAUGCUAUUCUUUACUCACAUCCUUGGGCAAAGUUCUGUUUGAGCUCUUCUGCUUAGUGGAGGUCCCAGAGAUGGAAGCACCUUGGGUACCUUAGUACAGGAUAACACGUUUGCUGCUUUGGACAGGUUGGGCAGUAUUGUUUUUUUCUGACACUCUGACCGUUGCAACCCUACACUGUCUCUCUCACUUGUCCUGUUGCCAGUCCUGUCUGAGCAACCAGAUUCUUCACAUACAGGCAGACGUUUUCAUUUCCAAGAUCAAGGAGUUUGUGUGAUUUUCAAGUAGCCCACUGUAGUUUUCAAUGUACAAAUGCUGUGACAGGGUAGUAAUAUGUAGUAUAUUUCAGCAUUAGAUGACAGGACUCGGGUCCUUUCUUUUAAGAGGAGCUGGGACAGGCUAUUCUGGUUAGCUAUUCUGGCAUGAGGACCACAUCUGACAACCAUGGAGAAUGUUUGUGAUUUGUCUGGACUUCCUCUUGCAGACCACUCCGGCAUUGAGAGAGAAAAGCUGUUGCUGACAUUUGAUGAUGAACAAGAGUCAGGUCAGUCACUCUUCCUACAGGCUCCAUACCACAUAUCCUAGGAAAGAGGCAUCAUGGGAGGCUCUGCAGCAUUUCUGAUUGCAUGUGGUAGGCCAUUUAACAGAAUUUACACCAUCUGGGAUAACCAUCCCCAAAUACAUAAUGGGUUUUGGGCUUGUAUCAGGCAGCUAUCUUAGAACUGGCAAGUUUGUGUGUUUAUGUAUGUAUGCAUUUACCUGUUAAUCGGGUAAAUGGAUUAGUCCAAGGACCAUAUUCAGUCGUAAGAGUUCCAAUCAGCGGAUUAUGAUAGCGUCUUGGAACAAUCCCAGACGUGGGUGUUGCAGAGGGCUCUCUUUAGGUAAGAGAGGAGGAAUUUUAUUCCAGUCUCUCGAUAGCUUUGAAAAGGAAAAGGGGGCAUUCGCGCGGGAUCUAAUUAGUAUCAGCAAGAUCUUCCAAGUAUUCCAAAAUCUUUCUUUCAUUUUUCUGGUAAAUAUUUAAGGAUAGUAGGCUUUUUAACAGGGGUGUACAUCAGCUCAGAAUGCUGUAGUAGUAAGGUGACUGCAUCUAAUUGAUGUUAUGGUCAUCAUUCAGUGCCACUUUGAGUAGAGUGCUGACCUAGAUUACAGGUAGUGUCUUUAGUGUGCACUUCAAAAUGGGAUAGCUGCAGCCUUGCCUUUUUGUGCUGGAUUUUACAAGAAGAGAAAUUGUCUUAUUUCUUAACUCUGUGUCAGGAUAUAAAUGCUGCCUGCUUUUAUAAUGGGGGUUAAUACCUUUUGGAUAGCCAGAAUGUAAUUUGAAUUUAGCUCAAAACAGUGUUCUACCAGAGAACAGUUCUCAGAAAAUUUAAUUUCGGGCUGUUAUAACUGCUGCAUUUUUCUUUUGUUCGGUAUAAUUGGUAGUGUCAUGGGAACUAUGUAUGGUUAAAUACCAAAGACUGUCUCUUCUAAAUAUUUUAUAAGAGUCCAUGCUAAAUUAAGACGACAGUUUUUGACAUAGGAUGUUCAUGACCAAGCCAGCUUUGUGUCCACUAGUCUUUUAACUCUGUUGAGUGUCCUAAGUGAAGAAAUUAAAGCUGAUGGUAGGAAAA